AUCUAAGGCAUUUUGAUUUUUCAGAGCUAUUGCCAAGGGUAUAUAAACCUGUUACAGUACGUUAGAUACGGAUUUCUUCACUCUUUAUACCCUGAGAUAGUCGGCAUAGCUUAUAAAAAAUUCAUAUAUCCUUUGCCUCUCUCACAAUGCAGAUAUUCUACUAUUUAUCCAAGUUAUUGCUUUGGUCAACAAUAACCUCUUUUGCAGCCGCCAAUCCAGUGGCCUCUGCAAAUAACAACAUCGAAUCCAUCUCUAAAAGAGACAUCUGCAAAAACCUCGACCCAAGCGGCUUCUUCUCCAAAUCAAUCUGCGUCAAAGUCACCAUCAACAACGCUGGCUGCUCCGUCUCAGUCAAAUACUCCCUUCCUCCGCCUAGUGACAAUUUUGUCUUCACCGCUUCACAGUCCACCUUCUACGCUGUCACCGGCACCACCAUCUCUCUAGAUGCGUCUCCGUUGCCGGGCCACAAACCGCCAGUCUGGACGGGUACUUCUUCGUCCUCGAAUCCUACAACGUUGAAACUACCGGUACUCCAGAGAUCGGUCACGGCUGGUGUUACAUGUGACCCUAUCCCGCCACCAACUUGUGUGCCUGAUGGUGAUCCUUGCACUGUUGGCACUACUGCAAACUGCUGUGGACGGGCUUGUUGCUUGUUGGGUCAGCCUGUUGGGAAAUGUUUUGAUUUCCAAAAUGGAGGUACAUGUCCAUAGGAUGAUAUUUUUAGGGGAUGUACUGGUCAAUUUGGCUAGGCUGUUGCUAUUAUGGUGUCUGUGUGUUUAUUUUCUUUUUUUCUUUUAUAUUGUACUUGAAUGUGUUCUAUGAGUAUGUAUCCUUCGUCUUAGUUAUCUAUAAGCUAGGGUAACCGCUAGGCUCUGUACUAAAGCCUUAGGAUUAACUGUAGGCAGUAGUAUAGGGUUAUUAAGUCUCUAAUAGGUAUAAAGUGAUAUAUUUAUAACAGCUCUUCUCCCCUAAUAUGGUCCUUAAUUAUAUUAAUAUAAGGUAGACCCAGGAUAGCUUAGUUAGAAUAAAAGAAUUAACUCUCUCUAAUCCU